AUGCACACAUUAGCAAAUGCAUUCGACAAAGUCCCGAGAUUCGGGCGACUGUUCGUCACCGUUCGCCGUGCCGCGGGCAGGCGUACCUCAGUAGAGCUGAGCGCGGUGAGCGGGCAUGCGGCCGUGCUGCGCCGAGCGGGCUACUGGCGGCUUAGCGCCGGCACUACCCGCGUCCUUAGGUUGCACGCCCUUUACCGCGCAGUAGUAUUUGCGACUACGUGUAUCUAUCUCUUACAGGAAUGUGUGUACGCUUACCAGGAAAAGAGUGACAUGACGAAGUUAUCACGCGUCAUGUUCCUGUUGCUGUGCCACGUGACGUCGCUGGCGAAGCAACUCGUGUUCCUCACGGACGCCGACCGCAUUGAGCGCAUGGUCGCCGGUUUGGAUGAGGCGGCACAGCGGGCACUGCGUACUCGUUCGGGCGCGGCGCGGCGGUUGCUCAACUGCGCGGCGGCGCACGCGGCGCGGUUGCGGCGCGGCUACGCGGGCUGCGCGGCGUUCACGUGCCUGCUGUGGGCAGUUUUCGCGGCGCAGGCGCACGCACGCCGGCAGCCCUUCGACUUUCCGCUUUGGAUCGGUGUCGACACCACUGACACUAUCGGAUUCGUGACAGUUCUGUUGUACACAUACUACGUGACGACAUUGGUUGGCGUCGCCAAUACUACGAUGGACGCUUUUAUAGCGACAGUACUCUACCAGUGCAAGACGCAGCUCAGCAUCCUCAGAAUGAAUUUAGAAAGGUUGCCGCAGAGCGCGAGCGCGCUGAGCGCGUCCAGUGGCCGGCGAAGAGAUGUCGAGUUUGCGGCGCUCUUCGUGGACUGCUGGUUACAAUAUAAGAGGAUUUGCGAAACGGCUGGGCUGGUGCAAGACAUCUUCGGCGGCGCCAUCCUGGUGCAGUUCGGCAUCGGCGGCUGGAUCCUCUGCAUGGCCGCUUACAAGAUCAUCAGUUUGGAUUUCAUCAGUAUCGAGUUUGCGUCGAUGAUCCUUUUCAUUCUUUGCAUUCUCACGGAAUUAUUUCUCUACUGUUACUACGGCACCGAACUUACCGAAGAGAGCGCGCUGCUGGUGGACGCGGCCUACGGCAUGCGAUGGGCGGGCGAGGGGCGCGCGGCGCGGCGCCUGCUGCUGCUGCUACUAGUGCGCGCGCACCGCCCGCUGCGCCUGGCCGCUGGCCGCGUCGUGCCGCUCUCGCUCGACACCUUCGUCAAGAUUCUGAAGUCGUCGUACACUUUUUACGCUGUUUUACGACAAACGAAAUAA